AUCUAAAAUGAUUCAUAAUUUACCAAUUUUGUAUUACAAUUAUUAAGAAUAUUUUGUGAAAUAUCAAGUAUGGAAACGAAAGAAGACAACUCCGUAAAACAUAUCCUAAAGCAGCUAGACAGGUCGCAACAAAUAAUAGCUGAUCAUGCCUUAACGAUAUCAAAUCUCAAGGCACAAAUUGCCAAAUUGGAGUCGGAAGCCUUUGAAAAUGGAAAACAUCUAAAGGAGAUGAAGAAGCACAUUGCCAAGUUGGAGUCCAAAACCAAAAACCAAACCCCUCAGUCCUCGGAAGUGGUCAGGAGCACCGAUCUCAGCACUGGUUGGACAGUCAUUCAGUGUCGUCAGAGCGGACGAUACGAGAACUUGGCAGAUAGUUACAAGAACGCUCUGUGCGGCUUUGGCGAAAUCGAUGGCGACUAUUGGAUUGGUUUCGAGAAAUUGAGCUCUAUUAUGGCCUCGCACAGCCAUGUUUUGGGUAUUCAGCUCACCUAUUCCGAUGGAAGUAAGACCUAUUCGCAAUACGAUGACUUCAAGCUGGGCCGCGGAGGAGAUAGGUUCAGGAUUGAGUCCCUGGGUUAUUAUAUGGGAAACGAUCGGGAUUUUCUGCGUUACUAUAAGGAUCUUCCAUUGGAAGUGUCUCUUACAUGGGCAUGGUGGAAUGUUCCCAGUAAUAUGAGCAAAUUGACUCAUAGUGAAGAGAAUGCUAAUUCUGAAUUGAAAAUUAAAUCCUCUAAAAUGUAUCUAACACGAGCCAAGGGAUUGAAGUUUUUAACUCUGCAACAAGCGAAUCUAUUGAACAACACAAGAUGUUAUAAAGUAUAAUUCAAUUACUUUACUAUACAUUGGGUUUUUCCUUAGGAGAUCCUAAACUUAUUCAUUAAAAUUUAAUUAUAAUCAUAUGCUAUAUUUUUAAACAAUACAAUACUUUUGGAGGUCUAGUGGAAUAUUUUGUAAAUUGUGAAUGUUAUUUAGGGGGUUUCCCAAAAAACUCGUAUUGACAACAGGCAUUUCUGGGGGUUUUUUCAUAUCUUUGGGCUUAUCAGUGUCACUUUUCUUGCUUUGCGAGACUAAACAAAAAUAAUAUUUGAUAAUGAAUAUUGAUUAUUGCGUAGAACAUGUAACUCAUGACGUCUCGCUGUUAUUUUUAAAUACUGUUUUAAAAUUAGUUAUCAGUCAUCGUCGCGCACCCUGAAGAGGUAUCUAGUCCGCUUAAUUGGCGAUAAGACGGAUGCCCCUAUUUACACUUUCCGAUGAUGCUAUCGCCCACUGUUGUGGGUGGCAAAGCAGGGGGGUUUAGGGGAGGGGUAAUCGACGUCCGAGCGAGUUGAUUGCCCCGUUUGACUUUGCGGGAGGAGCAGUCGACCCCUAUGACUUUGGAUCGUCGUAAUCAGCAGCAAUAUACUGGAACCCGACCCGGUUAGGCGCCUCUCAGGUGCCCGGCAGUUGCUGUCAAGCGCUUUCAGGGGAAGGAACUAGCCGGAGACACUGCGAAAUGCCGAUCCAACUAGAGGAGGAGAUAUUCGGCUUGGCCGUGAAUCCGUUCACCAAGUCGCCGGAGAUGGUGCGCCGCUACACGCUGAGGAACAGCAAGGGAAUGUCCGUGUCGGUGAUACAGCUGGGCGCCAUCAUCCAGAGCGUCAGCCUGCCGGAUGCCUACGACAAGGUGGAUGAUGUCUGCCUGGGGUUCGAGGACAUCGCAUCUUAUUUGGCCACCAAGUCGGCCUACAUUGGAGGCACCCUCGGUCGAGUGGCCAACCGUGUGGCCAAUGGGGAGUAUGAGGUGAACGACACCAAGGUCAAGGUGACCAAGAACUUUCAGGACAAGUACCAGCUGCAUGGCGGAUUCGUAGGCUUCGACAGCGUCAUCUGGGAGGUUGUGCAAAAGUCGGAGGAGGGCGUGGUUUUCCGUCACAUGUCGCGCCACAACCACGAGGGCUAUCCGGGCAAUCUAAAGUGCCUGAUUACCUACUCGCUGGACGAGGAGAAUCGUCUGUGGGUACGCUUCGAGGCCACCACGGAUCGUUCGACGAUGGUUAACAUUUCCAACCACGCCUAUUUCAAUCUGGCCGGCCAUGGAGCCGGUGCCAAGGGCCUGGCGGAGCACACGGUGGAGAUUGCAUCCGACCGAAUCGUGGAGACAGACGGUGAUCAGAUACCCACGGGCAAGCUGGUCAGCGUGGAUGACACGGUCUAUGAUCUUCGUCUGCCCGUGCUGAUAGGCGACCGCCUGCGGCAGUUCGAGGAUCGACCCAUCAAAGGCUAUGACAACUGCUUCGUGAUCAACGACGGCCAGAUGCAGAAGAGCGUCAACAAGGUGGCCAAGAUCGUGCAUCCGCCCAGUUGCCGGGUGCUCGAGGUCUGGACCAAUCAGCCCGGCAUGCAGUUCUACACGGCGAACAAUCUGCCGGACGAGAAGAAAGGCGACGCCCCCAUGAUUGGCAAGGACUGCAUUCACUACAGCAAGCACGGUUCCUUCUGCGUGGAGACCGAGAAGUUCCCCGACUCCAUGAACCACCCGGAGUUCCCGUCGAUCAGCCUAGAGCCGAAUGAGAAAUACCUUCACGAGGUUAUGUACUGGUUCAAGGUCGAGGAAUCCUGGAAAUGUUGCUGCAAUGACACUGCUUGAACGUAAUCAAAAUCUCUAGUAAAUAAAGCCUGAUUCCUGUCCCUGUAAA